CGCGUACAACGUCAGCCAUCCCUGCCCGUCCUUGUUCUUAAUUCUUGAAAAAUGGCCCACGCUGAUCACACACGAGACCCUUGCCCAUGGGUCAUUCUUAACGACUUUGGCGGCGCGUUCGCAAUGGGAGCGGUCGGUGGUGGUAUCUGGCACGGUAUCAAGGGUGCCCGGAACUCACCAAAGGGCGAGCGAUUCAUCGGUGCCAUCUCUACCAUCAAAGCCCGCGCACCCGUCACGGGUGGCAACUUCGGUGUGUGGGGUGGUAUGUUCUCAACAUUUGACUGUGCCGUCAAGGGAUGGCGACAAAAGGAGGACGCAUGGAAUGCGAUCAUCUCUGGGUUCAUGACCGGUGGUUGUCUGGCCGCACGAAGUGGACCAAGAUCAGCAUUUGGGUCAGCCGUAGCCUGUGGUAUACUGCUGGGUGUGUUUGAGGGUGUGGGCGUACUUUUGGGACGGGUAUUCUCGGAGAACACCCGACCACAACUUCCUCCUUUACCUGAAAACAUGCAACCCCAGUCAUCUCCGUCCCACUGAGUCUUGCACCCUUGACUCUCGCCCCGAUCAUUGCCCUAUUUCACUCCUAGACGUGUAUCAUACUCAUCCAGCGUCACAAGCCCGAUUCACGUUACACCACACCGCAAUCAUUGCACUCGUCACGCUUACUGCUUUACCCAUCCCGUAUUUAAUUCGCGCUCUCCGGCUGUAUACAUUUC